UUUAUAAUAAAAAUGGAAUUAGCGGUAGGCAGUAACAAUACACAAAUAGAUAAGCAUCAUUUGGUAAUGGAAAAGGAUCAGAGAGUUCGUUACAAAUUUUGUACGACAGAUUAUGAGGUUGACAAUACAUUACCAGAUUCACAAAAUUCAAGUAUUCAAUCACGUUCACCUCGGUGUGAGGCUUUUGUAAUGACUGGAGAUAAGAUGCUUAAUUUAAAUCCAAAAAUUUCUCCAAGUUAUGCUAAGAUGUGUCAUGAUCAGCUUCCGCCUGCUGUUCAUGUUGAACCUGAAAAAAAGCUCAAAAAUGAAAAUCAUUUUGAUCACUUCCCUUCAAUGCACAAAAACAACCAUGGACGUAUACGCAGUGCUAUAAUGCUUGGGACUUCAGAAGAGAAUAGUCAAAUUGAUUUUUCAACAAAACCUGAAUCACAUUCUGAGAAAGACGAGGAAAAAGUUUCUGAAAUAUUAAAAGAAGUUCAGGAUGAUACUUCAAAUAAUAAAAAUUUUGAGUCAGAGAGUUCGUGUAUUAAUGUUAUUCCGGCCGAUCCUUCAAAUAUACCACAAUUUCAAAAUUCAGAGAAUAAUUUUCUUGGAAAUGAUUUUUCUAUUAAUCUUCCACAACAACAAAAUAAUUUAACAUUUAAUGCUCCUUUAAUUAGCAGUUCAACAAUUUCCAGUAUGCCUGCUAGUCCAGCAAGAGUUUUUACAAAUAAGCAAACAAAUUUAAUUGAACAAGCACUUAUUGCUGCUACUGAAAAAGGUCAAAAUAUAAAUUUAGAUGAUGAAAUUCCAGCACAAGUUUGCUCUUCUUCAUUAUCUAUGCAAAGUUCUGCCGGUACAAUGCCUUUAUUAUAUUCAUCUUAUCCACCAGAAACAAUUUCUCGUCUUGCCAGACAUCUUUUUACUCAUCAAGAAGGAAUUAAAAUUGCUGCUUUUCUUGUUAAAACGUAUUUAAUAAUUUAA